AAACUAUAAGUGGUUAUUUUAUAAAUAUUUGCCAAAUACUUAUCUCCCUUAAUUACCCUGAAAAAUUGAAAUAUUGGUACAGUUAAUUGAACUAAAAAAGAAAAGUAGUUUUCAAAUGAAGAAGGGAUUACGAUGUUAAUCUUUGUCAAGGGAGGACAGCAGAAGAAUAGACGGCCAAAUAAAAGAGGUCCGUCAAUUGGAGAGCAAAAGAAUUCCACAUGUCCUAGUUAAUCCAACACAUGAGCAUAUGGCAAAUCCUAGCCACCAAAACAGAGCCGUCUGAAAAAUGAGAAACGCGGCGGAGCACCACCACAUUUGGUGUCUCCUCUUCACAUGUACCCUCUUCCCUCUGCUCACCACCUCAAUCGAUCUCAUCACUCCCACCAAACCUCUCACACAAGAUCAGACCUUGGUCUCCGCCGGCCAACAAUUCGAGCUGGGCUUCUUCCGCGGCAAAUCAAACAACUGGUACGUCGGAAUCUGGUACAAGAACAUCCAAGAAAGAGUCAUCGUCUGGGUCGCAAACAGAGACUCACCUCUCACAAACUCAUCAGGACUCCUCAAAAUCACUUCCGACAACGCCCAACUAACUUUAGCAGAUCACUCCGGAAGAUCUGUGUGGUCGGCCAACCACUCCGGCAGCGCCGACAGCACCGUGGCGGAGCUGCUGGAUAACGGCAACUUGGUGAUCCGUGGGGAAGAUGAUGACGAUUAUCUAUGGCAAAGCUUUGAUUAUCCAACGGACACGUUGCUCCCUGGCAUGAAACUCGGGUGGGACUCCAAAACGGGGCUGAAUCGAUACAUAACGUCGUGGAAAAGCGCGGACGAUCCAUCCACAGGCGACUACAGUUUCAAGCUGAACAUCUACGGUUAUCCGGAAAUACAUUUGACGAACAAACAGAAGAUAGAUUACCGAAGCGGGGCGUGGAACGGGCUGAGAUUCAGUGGGGUCCCAGAAAUGAAAGCGAGCAGCCCGCUUCUGUCGUUUAUGUUCGUGAGGAGGUCGGAUGAAGUUUCUUACUCUUUCAAUCUGCUGAACCAGUCAAUGUAUUCGAGAUUGAUGCUCAAACACUCGGGGGUGUUGCAGCGCUUCAUCUGGAUUCCGUCCAGCAAAAUCUGGAAUCUAUUCUGGUACGCUCCCAAAGAUCAGUGCGACCACUACAGAGAAUGUGGGGUUUACGGAAUCUGUGACGCCAAUGCUUCGCCGGUUUGCAAAUGCAUGAAAGCGUUCCAGCCCAAGAAUCCACAGGAAUGGAAUCUGCGAGAUGGAAGAGACGGUUGCGUACGCGUUACGGAAUUGGACUGCGAAACCGACGGCUUUUUAACGAUGAAGAGCGUCAAGUUGCCGGAGAGCGGGACGGCGUAUGUGAACGCGCAGAUGAACAUGGAUGAAUGCCGGGAAAUGUGCCGGAGAAACUGUUCGUGUCGGGGUUAUUCGAGCGCAAAUAUCAGCGACGCCACCGGCUGCGUCAUUUGGGCGGAGGAUCUGUACGAUAUGAGGCAGUACACGCCGUCCGAAGGCGGAGGCCAGGAUUUCUAUUACCGGCUGCCGGCGGCGGAAUUAGCAUCAGCAGCUGCAGUAGAUGGAGGUGAUUCUAACAAGACUAGACAAAUCCUCAUGAUUGCUGGGAUUGUUGUUGGAAGCGCCGCAUUGCUUCUUGGAUUCGCCAUUUUCUUUAUAUGGAAGAAACGGAAAUCAGAGAGUGUAAAUAUAGUAGAGCAGAGAGGUCCAAGGGAAAGAAGCCAAGAAUAUCUGUUGAAUGCACCAACAAUUCCAAGCAAACGAGAGCAGUCGGGUGAAACAGCGGGAGAUGAAAUUGAGCUACCUCUAUACGACAUCACUACUUUAGCAAUUGCCACCAAUAAGUUUUCCGAUGAAAAUAAGCUAGGUCAAGGUGGUUUUGGCAUUGUCUACAAGGGAGUGUUGGCGGAAGGUCAGGAAAUAGCUGUGAAGCGGCUGUCCAAGACUUCGGUUCAAGGAGUAGAUGAGUUCAAGAAUGAGGUUAAGCUGAUAGUUAGACUUCAGCACAGAAAUCUUGUUCGUCUACUCGGAUGCUGCGUGGAGAUGGAGGAGAAGAUGUUGGUGUAUGAGUACAUGGAAAAUAAGAGCCUCGAUUCUAUUCUCUUCAAGAAAAACAAAAGCUCAAUGCUGGACUGGCAAAUGCGUUUCAAGAUCAUAUGUGGGAUUGCACGAGGCCUCCUCUAUCUACACCAAGAUUCAAGAUUCAGAAUCAUCCACAGGGAUCUCAAGGCGAGCAACAUCCUUCUGGAUAAAGAUAUGGUCCCAAAGAUAUCGGAUUUCGGCAUGGCAAGAAUCUUCGGGGGAGAUCAAACUGAAGCCAACACCAAAAAAGUUGUCGGAACAUACGGGUACAUGUCCCCAGAAUAUGCGAUGGACGGCCUCUUCUCCAUAAAAUCAGAUGUUUUCAGCUUCGGAGUUCUGGUUCUGGAGAUAGUGAGCGGGACGAAGAACAGAGGAUUUUAUCAAACAAACAACCAGCUGAAUCUUCUUGCCUACGCGUGGAAAUUGUACAGGGAAGAGAGGGCGCUAGAGCUGUUGGACUCAGCGGCGGGCCAAGAAUAUGCAGCGGGUGAAGUAAUGAGAUGCAUACAAGUGGGGCUAUUAUGCGUGCAGGAGCUGGCCGAAGACAGGCCCAACAUGUCCAACGUUGUGCUCAUGUUAAGCAGCGAUUUCGUGUCGAUGCAACAGCCUAAGCAUCCAGGAUACUGCCUCGGAAGGCGCACUACUGAAACCGAUUCAUCUUCACCUAGAAACGACGACGAAUCAUGCACCGUUAACCAAGUUACCGUAACCAUGCUUGAUGGUCGAUAGCCAUUCCUCCUCAUCCUCAUUCUAUUUAACCUACACCUCAACAUCAACAUCAACAACAACAUAUUUUCUCUGUCAAUAACUUGUUUUUGAGUCUUCUUCAUACAAGUAGGAAUAGUUUUGCCAUGAUUUCUAAAUUGAAUGUAACAUCUGUAUUUAUCGUUCCUUAUUUUUCCAUUGGGGCUGAAAUCUACUCAAUGUUUUUCUUGUUUUCUAGUUUUAGGCCAUCAUUCAAAAAGAAUCAUACUUCAUCAUUUUGGGAGAACAGUAUAUUGAUUUUUUUUUUCCUAUUUUUGGACUAUUACCGCUGCAUC